AUGGAGGAGGUGGUGAAGAAGGAGGUGGUGGCGACGGAGGUGGAGAAGAAGACAGGGGAUGAGGAGAAGAUGGAGACAGAUAAGGAAGAGUCUGAGGACGAGAAGGAUGACGAGGAGGACGACGAAGAUGAUGACGAGAAGGAGAAGCAUAACGACAAGGAGGAUGACAAGGAGGACGAGGAGGACAAAGACAAGAAGGAUGACGACAAGGAGGAGGACAAGGACAAUGACAAGGAGGAUGACAAGGAGGAUGACAAGGAGGAUGACAAGGAGGAGGACGAUGACAAGGAGAAGGAUGACGACAAGGAGGAUGACGACAAGGAGGAGCACAAGAAGAAGAAUAACGACAAGGAGGAGGAGGGGGAGGACAAGGCACAGAAGGAGGACAACAAGGAGGACGAGGAGAAGAUGGAGGAGGUGCAGCAGGAGCAGGAGAAGAGGAAGCGAGGGGGCCUGACGACCCCAGCUGGAGAGGCAGUGAGCCAUGCCAUGUCUGGCACCACGUGGAGCGCGCUGUCCUCGGCUGGCACGGCCUCCAUCCGCAGCCAAUCGCCCCAAGCAAUCCUGAACCUAUUCGGGCCUCAUCUGAGCCGGCGCGAGCGUAAGGAGCUUGCCGCCAUGCGGGAGGUUUGGUACUUCUCCCUGGAUAGCGGCGACAGACCCGGGGGAUUUUCCAAUGGCGGUUACGACAACGAUGAGGAACACUACGUGCCGGUCCAGCACGAGCACCUCAACUUCCGCUAUCAGGUGCUAAAUAUGAUCGGAGAGGGAGGUCAGGGCCUGGUGGUAAAGUGCCUCGACCACAAGACCAACAACCUGGUGGCCGUCAAGAUACUGGCGUCGCCUUCCAACCCCAUGGACGAGAAGUCGCAAGGCAGGGAGCUGCAGAUAUCCCGGGAGCUCCAGAGCGAGCGCAGCGAUGUGGACCAUGGCGUGAUCAGAGUCCUGUCCACUUUCCACUUCCGUGGGCACAGCUGCAUUGUCCUGGAGCUGUUGAAGGCGAACCUCCAUCAGGUGAUUAAGGAAGCGGGCGAACAGCACAUCGACAUGGACAUGGUGAAGACGUACACCUGUGGCAUUCUCCUCUUCCUGUCCCACGUCAAGUCGAGGGGCAUCGUCCACGCGGACAUCAAGCCGGACAACGUUCUGGUCAAAGACACUGUGGCUGGCACCGUGAGGGUCACAGACUUUGGGUGCAGCUUCUUCAUGACACGGUUCUACGUGGCCCCGGAGCUGCUGCUGGGCUACCUUGUCACCUAUGCCAUCGACAUGUGGGCCCUGGGUUGCACCGUGGCCGAGUUGGUUACCGGCAGGGAGCUCUUCUCGUCGCUGAGCAACGAGGACCACCUCCCUUGCUGCAUCGAGAUUCUCGGGAAGCCCCCAAGAUGCUUGGUGGAUGGAGCCCCCUACAGAAAUCAAUACUUUGACCGUCGGGGCAAACCGUACAGCCCAGAAAAGCGACGGAUACCGAGAAGGUACCCCCUGGAACGCAUACUCUGGGGACACAGCCAACAGCUGAUAAACUUCAUCAGCUGCUGCCUGCGAGCGGAGCCGGAGCAGCCCCCAUCAUCAUCAUCAACAUCCUCACCGCUCGCCCAGAACUCGGGAGAUAGGGCGGAGGAUGUGGAGGAGGUGGUGAAGAAGGAGGUGGUGGCGACGGAGGUGGAGAAGAAGACAGGGGAUGAGGAGAAGAUGGAGACAGAUAAGGAAGAGUCUGAGGACGAGAAGGAUGAUGAGGAGGACGACGAAGAUGAUGAUGAGAAGGAGAAGCAUAACGACAAGGAGGAUGACAAGGAGGACGAGGAGGACAAUGACAAGAAGGAUGACGACAAGGAGGAGGACAAGGACAAUGACAAGGACAAUGACAAGGAGGAUGACAAGGAGGAUGACAAGGAGGAUGACAAGGAGGAGGACGAUGACAAGGAGAAGGAUGACGACAAGGAGGAUGACGACAAGGAGGAGCACAAGAAGAAGAGUAACGACAAGGAAGAGGAGGGGGAGGACACGGCACAGAAGGAAGACAACAAGGAGGACGAGGAGAAGAUGGAGGAGGUGCAGCAGGAGCAGGAGAAGAGGAAGCGAGGGGGCCUGGUGUGUGUGGGCAGGGUGCUCCGCUCACUCCGCUCGCUUCUCCGCCGCAUGCUGCUGUGUGGUGGCCGGCCCACCACACAGUAGGGGGUGGCGAUGGUGGUGGAGUCGGUGCCAACCACCACCACCACAAGCAGCACCAUGCACCCACCACCCA